AUUAACUUCAAGGAAACCACAUUUAAAAGGACGAAGAGAAUGGUGGCGACGACAGAGGAAAAAUCCAAACCCAUUUCUGGAAACAAGGUUUCCAAACCACUCAUGGAAAAGAAGCGAAGAGCUCGAAUAAACCAGUGUUUGGACCAAUUAAAAACUCUCCUGGAGAACUACUACAGCAGCAGUAUUCGAAAACGCAAACUGGAAAAGGCCGACAUCUUGGAGCUUACCGUGAAACAUCUCAGGAACCUCCAAAAGAUCCAGAGUUUCACUGCAGCUGCUUCCGAGCUCUCUGAAUUCCACUCUGGCUUUCGCACUUGCCUGGCAAACGUGAACCAAUACCUGCUGAUGGCUGAUACGUUGAACAGGAGCGACCGCUGGAUGUUGACGCAGCUUUCCAACCAACUCUGCCGCUCUCGGCGCGGAGCAGACGACUCCAGCACCCUGGACAGCGGCCUGGAACCAGCCGAGUCACGGGACGAGGCGCGGAAACUUCUCCCAUCUGCAGCUGGACCUGAGGAGGGGAAAACGGUCAAAUCUAAAGCUCUGAAACGACACAGUGCAAACUCGUCUCCUUUUCUACCAAGUGAAGACAAACACGCUGCUCCACACAACACUAAUGAGACAAGUUCCAGUCACAAAAAGGUCCACUCUGUCAGCCACAGGCAUGAAGCUGCAAACACUCAGCACAGUGUGUGGCGGCCCUGGUAGAGCUGACCAAAAACUGUCAAUUUCCUGAGUUAUAGCUUGAUUGAAUGUUAAUUAUUGCACUAUAGAUUUACACGAUGUUAUUACUUAUAGGUUAUACUGUAAAUGCCUUAUUUUCUUAAUAAAAGUUUUUUUUUUUUUUUAAAUAUUUGGUUGUUUUGUUUUUUUCAAAAUGAGAUUCCAUUCUAACUUUCGUUCCAUUGUUUAGCACAUUUAGGAAGAAUUAUAGCCAACGAGUCCUGGAUUGACUUUACAAUGACAUAUAUUGAGAAGGUA